GCGAAAGGGGUGAGCUGUGGAUAUGGACCACUUUCAAAAAGUGGGAAAUGACAUUGGACAAACAGCAGUAAAUGCCCAAGUUCAUAUUCCUCCAAUAACAUCUUCUUCUUCAUCUUCUGUACUUCAUUCAACUAGCUGCUUUACUAUUGAAGGCUCGGAAGAAUCUAUGGCAGAGAACACUGAGAAGACUCCUUCAGUAAGUUUUGGAGCAUCACCAACUCAAAACACACCAUCGAGCUUUCGUCUCAGAAGUUUCCAUAACCAAUUAUGUGGUUGUAUCUCCAAUGAAAGGAAGAAUCGUUCCCCACAUAGACAACAAAUUCGGAGAGGGGAGGUACAGGAAGAUGAGUUCCGAUACCCAAGUGCCCAAUGCCUCUCGUCAUACUAUAGUGUCUUUGCUGCCCGUCUUGCUAUCAUGGUCAUGCUAGCCAUUUUAAUUGGGAUGCUAACCAUAUUGACAUGGCAUUUUACAACGGUCUAUACAGCAAAAUCAAUAAACAGCUUAGCAUAUAGCCUUCGUUACGAACUUCUGCAGCGCCCCAUAUUGCGGAUGUGGAACAUCUUGAAUGCCACUACAGAAAUAACCAUCUCCCAGGUUAAGUUGUCUGAAUAUGUAAUCAGACAGUAUGACAAAACAGUGACCCAACCGCAACAAAUUGAGAUGUAUGAAGCAAUGAGGAAUGUAACUUGGGCACUUUUUGCCAGUCGAAAAGCCCUUAACGCUAUAACUAUAAGUUAUCGAAAUGGCUUUGUUCAGGCUUUUCACAGAGACCACAGAAGCAACAACACAUUCUAUAUCUUUUCUGACUUUGUAAACGCUACCAUUUCUGGGACACACAUACUCAAUGAUCUAUCAACUGACCAUGGUUUGAAUGAUACGUCUGCAAAUGGUAACGUUUCUGCAAUUUGGUAUCGUGAACCACUCAAUCCUGUUACAGGUGAGAGCACAGGGAGACCCAGACCAAUCCCACCAGAUGACCUAAUCAAUAUAGCAGGUCUGUCAGAAGUACCUGAUGGUGUAGCUUCAUGGCAUGUUGCAGUGAGCAAAUUUAUAGAUUCACCAUUGCUUUCAGCAGCAUUGCCAGUCUGGGACUCUUCCAAUCAAAAUAUGGUGGCAGUUGUUGGUGUUACCACAGCACUUUACAGUGUAGGGCAGCUAAUGAGAGAACUGGUGGAAUUCCAUAGUGGGUAUAUGUACUUGACUUCUCAGGAAGGAUACGUCCUUGCCACCUCAACAAAUGCGCCACUUUUGAGGAAUUCAACCACAGGACCCAAGCUUAUGAUGGCUGUCGAUUCGGAAGAUCGUGUUAUAAGAUUGGGAGCUGAAUGGCUGCAAAGCACCUACGGCAACAAGUAUUCUACAAAUCUUGAGGUCCAUGUGGAGAAUGUCAAGCUUGGUCACCAGAAAUAUUAUAUUGAUUCCUUCUUCUUGAACUUAAAGAGACUCCCUAUGGUGGGGGUUAUCAUCAUUCCGAGGAGAUAUAUAAUGGGAAAGGUGGAUGAAAGGGCCUUUAAGACAUUGGUUACAUUGAUAUCUGCGUCCGUUUGUAUUCUGCUUGUUGGCUGUCUUUGCAUUUUAAUCUUGACAAAUGGAGUUUCAAAGGAAAUGAAACUAAGAGCAGAACUGAUAAGUCAUCUUGAUGCAAGAAGACGGGCAGAAGCAUCAAGCAACUACAAAAGCCAGUUCUUAGCUAACAUGAGUCAUGAGUUGCGAACACCUAUGGCUGCAGUGAUUGGGUUGCUGGACAUUCUUAUAUGUGACAAUUGUCUGACAAAUGAGCAAUAUGCAACAGUUACCCAGAUUCGUAAAUGCUCAAAUGCUCUACUCGGUCUUCUCAAUAACAUUUUGGACCUUAGUAAGGUUGAAUCAGGAAAACUAGUACUAGAAGAAGCUGAGUUUGACUUGGGGAGAGAACUUGAAGGCCUUGUGGAUAUGUUCUCUGUCCAGCGCAUAAACCACAAUGUGGAGACUGUUCUUGAUCUGUCUGAUGAUAUGCCAAAAGUUGUUCAGGGAGACUCUGCAAGAGUUGUUCAAAUAUUUACAAAUCUCAUUAGCAAUUCUAUCAAGUUUACAUUAUCGGGCCACAUAAUACUGCGAGGAUGGUGUGAGAGACCCAAUACAUUUAGUGACACAAUGAAGUUGCCCCUUGAUCAGAAGGAAUCGUCUUCUGCGGUCAAAACAAAGUUGAAGCAACACGGAAACCAUGAGAUGAGAACCUCCAAGAAAGAUGACAGAAUUGUUCUUUGGUUUGAAGUUGAUGAUACUGGCUGUGGAAUUGAUCCGAGCAAAUGGGAGUCUGUGUUUGAAAGCUUUGAGCAAGCUGAUCCUUCAACAACCCGAACGUACGGUGGGACUGGUCUUGGCCUUUGCAUUGUACGCACCUUGGUUAACAAGAUGGGUGGAGAAAUCAAAGUUGUAAAGAAGGAUAACCCAGGGACCCUGAUGCAGCUAUACUUGGUCCUCAGUACACCUUUGGGUGGCACAAGACAGCAGUGUCCAAUCGACUUCUCCAAGCAUGGCUUAAUGGUCUUGCUCGCACUUAGUAGCAAUACGGGUAGAGUGAUCAUGUCCCAGUGGUUAAGAAAAAAACGAGUGCCCACAUGGGAAGCAUCUGAAUGGAAUGAACUAACACAAAUUAUUCAGGAGGUCUUUCAAGCCAGCAGCACAACCCCUCGGAAUGGCUUUAUGACACAGUGUUCAACAAGUGAAACAUUGAGAUAUGAAGAGUUAAACACACAUCAUGUGAGGACUUCAAGUAUUAUCAUAGUAGUUGAUGUUGGGCUUCUUGACCUAAGCACAGAGAUAUGGAAAGAGCAGAUUAAGUUCUUUGACAAAUAUCAUGGAAAAGCAAAGUUUGCAUGGGUACUAAACCAUGACACCUCCUCCAAUGCUGUUAAAAUGGAGCUACAAAGGAAAGGGCAUUUGAUGAUAGUAAAUAAACCAUUAUAUAAAGCAAAAAUGGUGCAGAUUUUGGAAGCUGUCAUAAAAGAAAGGGAUUUUGAAUUGCAACAGGAAAGCCCAAAUGCUUCAAGAGCUCCACAAGCUGAUUUGCAUGAAUGCCUUGAAAUUGAUCCCAUUCACUUUGAUGCUGCCAGCUCAGAUGAUUCGGACACAUUUGAAACUGGAAGUUUCAACUCAAGAAGAGGAGUACUUCAAAUUGAAGAAACACCAGGAGAGGAAAUUAUAACCCAAGAUCACAAGACUGAAAACAACAGACUAUCAGAGUUCAGUCAGAACUACUCAAAAAAUAAAAAUAUUGAAUAUCCACGUCAAAUGCAGACUUAUCGUGAUAUUGAAGACUCAACAUGUACAUCAACGUACAACAGAAAGGAAUCAGUGUUACCAGAAAAAGAAGUUGAAAAUUCAAGAUGGAGUGAACAUAAUCAUCGAGAUUCAACAUGGGCCAUUGAUGGGCAGAAAUUCUUAAAAGGCUUGUGCAUAUUGCUUGCAGAAGACACCCCAGUACUACAGAGAGUAGCAACAAUAAUGCUGCAAAAAAUGGGUGCCUCUGUUGUGGCUGUAGGAGAUGGACAGCAGGCUGUGGAUACUCUGAAAUGCAUGCUUGAUGCAGAGAAGUAUAGAAGCAGUGAAUCUCCCUUCUGGGAUGGCAAUACCAGAUUGCAAACACAGCUCCAGGACUGCCCACCAUUUGAUCUGAUUCUCAUGGACUGUCAAAUGCCAAAGAUGGAUGGCUAUGAAGCAACAAAAGCUAUAAGGAGCUAUGAGGCAGGGACUGGUUCGCACAUUCCCAUUGUUGCACUGACAGCCCAUGCUAUGUCAUCAGACGAAGCCAAAUGCUUGGAGGUCGGUAUGGAUGCUUAUCUUACAAAGCCAAUAGACUGCAAGCUAAUGAUUUCCACUAUCCUAUCGCUAACAAAAAGGAUGGCCUAAUAUUUUUGUGCAAAUAAGCGCAACUGCAUGACUUCCACAUUUUUGCCAGCUAACAAAUUCACCAGCUAAAUGUAAUGUUGGAUAAGAGCACAAGAAUGUUUAUCCUGUACAUGCAAUAUUAAAACUGCAUUGUGUUUUCUUACUCUA